CUCCCAAUAAACUUUUGCUUUGUGUGCCUGACUGUACUCUCCUACUUUCAGAGAGAACACAGAGAGAGAAAAACAAACCAACAAGCCAUCUUCCGAGAAAGAAAAUGGAGGGCAAAGAAGAGGAUGUUAAGCUCGGAGCUAACAAGUUCUCAGAGAGACAGCCUAUUGGAACAUCAGCUCAAACUGACAAGGAUUACAAAGAGGCGCCACCAGCUCCUUUGUUUGAGCCUGGUGAACUCAAGUCAUGGUCCUUUUACAGGGCUGGUAUAGCUGAGUUCAUAGCCACUUUCCUGUUCCUUUACAUCACUGUCUUGACUGUCAUGGGUGUUACGAAGCCUGGUACAAGCAAAUGUUCCACUGUUGGUAUUCAAGGCAUUGCUUGGGCUUUUGGUGGCAUGAUCUUUGCCCUUGUUUACUGCACUGCUGGUAUCUCAGGUGGACACAUCAACCCAGCUGUGACCUUUGGGCUGUUUUUGGCAAGGAAGCUCUCUUUGACAAGGGCUGUGUUUUACAUCAUCAUGCAGUGCCUUGGUGCAAUCUGUGGUGCUGGUGUAGUGAAGGGUUUCCAAGGAAGCUCCAGCUACGAGGUUCAGGGUGGUGGAGCUAAUGUUGUGAAUCAUGGAUACACCAAGGGUGAUGGCCUUGGUGCAGAGAUAGUCGGUACCUUUGUUCUUGUCUACACUGUCUUCUCUGCCACUGAUGCCAAGAGAAACGCUAGAGACUCUCAUGUCCCUAUUUUGGCUCCCCUUCCCAUUGGAUUCGCAGUCUUCUUGGUUCAUUUGGCUACCAUCCCCAUCACUGGAACUGGCAUUAACCCGGCAAGGAGUCUUGGAGCCGCCAUCAUUUUCAACAAAGACCGUGCAUGGGAUGACCACUGGAUCUUCUGGGUUGGCCCAUUCAUUGGAGCUGCUCUUGCCGCUGUCUACCACCAGAUAGUUAUCAGAGCCAUUCCUUUCAAGAGCAGAGCUUAAUUUCGUUCGCCCUUUCACAACUUCUUCUAUCCUUGUUUGAACUUGGCUUCUCUAUCUAUCGUGUGAAUUUGGUAUUGUGGUGUUAAUUUAUGUGUGUAAAUUAUCUAGCUUUUUGAAUGGAGAAUUCUGUUUACUUUUAUUUGCUUC